AUGAAUGCAGCAUGUCUCCUAUUGGCUCAGAGCGACUCGGUGCGUCUGGUCUCGGGGCCCAGUCUGUGCUCAGGAUCAGUGCAGAUCUGGGACCAGUCCUGGACCUGGGUCUGUGAAGGGGCCUUGGACCAGCAGGGGGCAGAGGUGCUGUGCAGGGAGCUGGGCUGUGGGGCUCCUUCUCUCCUCCAGGGGGCGCUCUCUCCUCUGGAGCAGACGUUCCACUGUGAGGGCCAUGAGUCUGCUCUGAUGGACUGUCCCCGCUCCGGCUCAGAGACCUGCUCCUCUGGAGCCGCUGUCAACCUCACCUGCUCAGAGCCGCUCAGGCUGGUGGGAGGGGCCAGUCGCUGUGCUGGGACUGUGGAGGUGAGAUACAGAGGAGAGUGGAGACGGAUGAAGCUCGAUGGACCCUGGCUCCUGGAGCACACAGCUACUGUGUGCAGAGACCUGGACUACUCGGUGCGUCUGGUCUCGGGGCCCAGUCUGUGCUCAGGAUCAGUGCAGAUCUGGGACCAGUCCUGGACCUGGGUCUGUGAAGGGGCCUUGGACCAGCAGGGGGCAGAGGUGCUGUGCAGGGAGCUGGGCUGUGGGGCUCCUUCUCUCCUCCAGGGGGCGCUCUCUCCUCUGGAGCAGACGUUCCACUGUGAGGGCCAUGAGUCUGCUCUGAUGGACUGUCCCCGCUCCGGCUCAGAGACCUGCUCCUCUGGAGCCGCUGUCAACCUCACCUGCUCAGGUAAAGGGGCGGGGCCUCACUGCUCAGAGCCGCUCAGGCUGGUGGGAGGGGCCAGUCGCUGUGCUGGGACUGUGGAGGUGAGACUCAGAGGAGAGUGGAGACGGAUGGGGCUCGAUGGACCCUGGCUCCUGGAGCACACAGCUACUGUGUGCAGAGACCUGGACUGUGGCUCUGCUGUUUAUGGAGAAAAGAGAGGUGAUUUUCCACAGAGUCCAGUGUGGAGAGUCUCAUAUGACUGUGUGGAGAAGUCUGCAGGGAGACACUGUGUCUAUGAUUCUUCCUCCUUUCCCUCCUCUUCCUGGGGUCUGGAGGUGAAGUGUUCAGACUCGGUGCGUCUGGUCUCGGGGCCCAGUCUGUGCUCAGGAUCAGUGCAGAUCUGGGACCAGUCCUGGACCUGGGUCUGUGAAGGGGCCUUGGACCAGCAGGGGGCAGAGGUGCUGUGCAGGGAGCUGGGCUGUGGGGCUCCUUCUCUCCUCCAGGGGGCGCUCUCUCCUCUGGAGCAGACGUUCCACUGUGAGGGCCAUGAGUCUGCUCUGAUGGACUGUCCCCACUCCAGCUCAGAGACCUGCUCCUCUGGAGCCGCUGUCAACCUCACCUGCUCAGAGCCACUCAGGCUGGUGGGAGGGGCCAGUCGCUGUGCUGGGACUGUGGAGGUGAGACACAGAGGAGAGUGGAGACGGAUGGAGCCCGAUAGACCCUGGCUCCUGGAGGACACAGCUGCUGUGUGCAGAGACCUGGACUGUGGCUCUGCUGUUUAUGGAGAAGAGAGAGAGGAUUUUCCACAGAGUCCAGUGUGGAGAGUCUCACCUGACUGUGUGGAGAAGUCUGCAGUGAGACACUGUGUCUAUGGUUCUUCCUCCUCUUCCUCCUCUUCCUCGGGUCUGGAGGUGAAGUGUUCAGAUUUACUGAAUCGUCCGGUCAUCUCUCUGUCUGUGUCUGACGGGGUUUCCGAGGCCCUGCCGCAGGGGGUCCGGGUGCUGCUGGGGUCAAAGUUCAGGGUCAAAUGCUCUGUGGAGCCACAGUACCCAGGAGGCUCCUUCCAGCUCCUCUCUCCAACCGCGCCCCUCGGUCAGAACCACACCCUGCCCGCUGUCAAUCACUCCGCACACUUCCUGUUCUCUGACACUGGCCCCGCCCACAAAGGAAACUACACCUGUGUUUACCACCUGCAUGUGUUCAACCACAGCUUCUCCUCUCAGAGCCCCAGCCUCCAGCUCUCUCUGGGAGCUUCAGACUCAGCCCUGAUCAUCAGAGUCCUGCUCAUUCUACUGUUGAAGCUCCUCUACAUCCUUCCAAUGCUCUACUACUACUGCAAGGUCCGGGCCAGAGGGAGGCGCUAG